AUGCCAGACAUGGCACCUCAACUUGGAAGCCCUGAGCUAUACACCAUUGCAUGGAUCGCUGCUCUGCCUAUUGAACGAGCAGCAGCAACUGCCUUACUCGACGUCGACGAGAUACAUGAUGAGCCCGAGGGGUUCAUUCAGCAUGAAAUCGACAACAACUCGUACAGCUGGGGUCGAAUUGGAGAACACAAUAUCGUUAUUGCCUCACUCCAAGCAGGAGUCUAUGGUACGAUAUCUGCAGCAACUGCGGCAUCAGACUUGAUCUGUUCACUGCCCCAUAUCCGUUUCGGAUUAUUGGUUGGGAUAGGAGGAGGUAUCGCAAAGCCUGAUGAGGACCAGGAUAUUCGACUAGGUGAUGUUGUUGUCAGCCAACCUACCGGAACAACUGGAGGCGUGGUCCAAUACGACUUCGGAAAGGCAAAGGCAGACGGCAUCUGGGAACAGAAAGGUUCUCUCAGUAAACCCCCUCCGGUACUACUUCAUGCACUGGCAAGUUUACAAGCAAGACACGAAAUGAUGCCAUCAAAGAUCCCAGAUCUACUCGAAACAAUGUGGAGUGCGAACAAUCGGUUCAUGACAAAGGGAAAGAGGAACUACACUCACCCAGGGGCCGCGAAUGACCAGCUGUACAAGUCCGAAUACAGUCAUGUUGGCGGUGCCACUUGUUCCAAGUGUGACUCUGCCUGGGAGGUAGAACGCGAAGAACGAGAUUCGACUGACCCGGAAAUCCACUAUGGUAUUAUUGCCUCUGGUGAAUCUCUAAUCAAGGAUGCUGCCACACGUGACAAGUUAUCAGAACGACAGCAGUUUCUAUGUGUUGAGAUGGAAGCCGCAGGGCUGAUGGACAAGUUCCCGUGUCUCGUGAUCCGUGGUAUCUGCGACUAUGCAGACUCUCACAAGAACGAUCGGUGGCAACGAUAUGCCGCUGCUACAGCUGCCGCCUUUGCUGUUGAGCUUCUUCAGUAUGUCCCGACUAAGCAAGUUCAAGCAACACAGAAGGUUAUCGAGGUGGUCAAGUCAAUUGAAGACAAGAUAAAAGAUUUGAGUAUCUCGGUCCAGAACAUCGACUCCAAUAUUGUCCUUGAUCGGUUACCGGAUGUAGAAGGGGCCCGUUUCGAUUCUCACGCUGAGGAGCAUAACUCGAUGUGUUUGGCCAAUACCAGAGUCGACCUCCUUAAAGAGUUGUCCAACUGGGUUGAAGACGAUGCAUCUAAACCGAUACUAUGGCUUAAUGGGAUGGCGGGAACAGGAAAGUCAACUAUUGCACGCACGAUUGCAAAGUCAAGAGCUGAGACCGGCGAUCUUGGGGCCAGCUUCUUUUUCAAGAGAGGCGAAGCAGACCGAGAAAGCCUUGUCAAGUUCAUGCCUAGUAUGGCCCGACAGUUGGCCAGGGUCGUCCCAGGAUAUGCCCAGAUCGUCAAGAAAACGCUCGAUUCUGAUCCUGGUAUAGUUAGCAAGGCUGUAUCAAAACAGUUUGCUGAGCUUAUUGAGGCUCCACUGAAAGAGCUGGCCAAGACUCCACUAGCAUUUGUCAUUGACGCUCUAGAUGAAUGCCAAAAGGAGGGUGAGAUCAAGUCUUUGAUUCGCAUCCUCUCAAGCGCUACCUCUAUUCGAAAAUAUCUUCGAGUCCUUAUAACGAGCCGGCCAGAUCUUCCGAUUCGCAUGGGGUUUGCAAAGGCUAACGGCACCUAUCAAGCCUUAGUUUUACACGACAUGCCGGUGAAUACUAUCAAGCACGAUAUAAUGGCCUUCUUCCUGAAUGAGUUUGAAAGGAUUCGAGUCGAAUUCAAUGAAGUCGUGCCCCCAGAGAUUGGGUUACCCCGAUGUUGGCCAGGAGACAAUGAUAUAAAUAAGUUGACUGAAAUGGCUGUCCCUCUUUUUAUCUUUGCUGCCACCGUUUGCCGCUUUGUGUCGAACUACAAAGUCGAUAGUCCCUCAGAGCAGCUGCACCGGUACUUUCAACUUAGCAACAACAAUUAUGGGAGUCAUCUCGGACAAACCUACGGACCAAUCCUGCGUUCUAUAGUCAGUGGUGUCUCUGAAGAGGAGCGCAGGCAGAUCGUCGAGCAAACCUGCCACAUCGUUGGAAGCAUUGUUAUCCUAGCUGACCCCUUAUCGAUCAUGGCAAUAUCAAAGUUGCUCGACCUUCCAGUCAGAAUCGUGUUUAGUCGGUUAAAUGCACUCCACUCGAUAUUAAACGUGCCGCUAGGCCUUCAGGAACCAGUGCGGCUAUUGCAUAUCUCAUUACGAGACUAUCUCACUGAUCCUAAUCAGAGUCAGACGAAUGACUUCUGGGUAGACGAGCAGCGUAUACACCUCAGUCUCUUCAAGAGCUGUUUGCGAAUAAUGGAUAAUAGCUUGAGGGAAGACAUUUGCGGUCUAGUAUGGCCAGGAACGCAGCGUACUGAGAUUCCCUCUGAGCAGGUAGCAUCUUCCAUUCCCGGUGAACUGCAGUAUGCCUGCCGCCAUUGGGCUUACCACUUUCAAAAGAUCGAAUUCCCUUUGCUUAGCCUCGAUAAAAUUUUCUCAUUCUUUCAGAAGCAUCUAUUCCACUGGUUGGAGGCCCUGAGUCUCAUAGGGAGAUUUAAGGAAAGUAUCCAAGUAAUCAAGAUACUUCAAACUGUCAUCAAGAACGAACAGAACAAGUUACAUGACAACUUGCUCCGCGAAAUCCAAAGCUUUCUUCAAAUGAACUCGACAAUCAUUGAUCAACACCCUCUUCAGUUAUACUCCUCGCUGAUAUUCUCUAUACCAUCCGGUAGUCAGUUAGAUCAAACUUGUCCGAUAAGACUUCCUCCGUGGUUAUUGCAUGCUCCCGAACCUAGCAAGACGUCAGAUCAGGCGCGGUACAUACUAGAAGGUCAGCAAGUGUAUUCAAAUAUUGGUUUCUCCUUCUCCUCAGACAACUCACUCCUAGGUACUCUCAAUGGUGAUGAAAAUAUUCGCAUCUGGCGCCUUGAGACUGGCGAAUGCAUUCGCACCCUCAAUAGCAAUAGAGUACUAUAUUUGACUUCUUUUGAGCUUUCACAUGACGGAAUGUGGCUGGCCGCUACGAGCCAGAGCUUUCCUGAUGUGGGGAGAUUCGACUGGGAGACUGAAUCUGUGCACGAUGAUAAGAUAUCUGAUACCAAUAGCCAGGAAGGAGAUAACGAUAUCAUGAGCGACGCAGAGAACUCUAAUAACAGAAGCCAAGGAGAGGAAGCUAAUACAAGCAGCGGAGAAGAGGACGCUAACACGAACAGCCAAGUACCGGAGGCCUAUACUGGGAGUGACGGGAGCAUGCCUCGCGCCGGCGACGAGAGUCAUCGCCUCUUCUUGAAGGUUUGGCAUGUGGAUACUGGGGAGCUAAUGGGAUCACUCGCUGUGGAAGACCACAGGCAGCAUUUCAAGUUUUCUCCAGACUCUAGACUCCUUGUCUCGAUAACAGACACAGGCUGUGCAAUUGUUCUGGAUCUGGACACGGCUGAAUCUGCCAACGAAAAUUGGCUCGCAGGUUCCGAACAAAUCAUCCGCCCUGCAUUACUGUGUAACUAUCACAAUCAUGGGAUAGGAAGAUAUUCGCCGGCCUACUUCAUGGAAUUCUCCCCCGAUUCCUCGCUGCUUACAAUUAUAUCUACCUGCGCUGGCGAGUAUGCAGUGUGGGAAACUAAAACUUUCCAGUGCAUCCGAUGUCAGAGCAUGAACCAAUUUUUUCGAACCUCAUUUUGUCCUCACUCAUGGCAUGGCCGAUCAGUCUCAGUUGCCAUGACCAACAACGCCUCAAUUAUGAUGGCUGGCACUUUUCCCACUGAGGGUGACGGUCCCUUCUGUCUCCGCACGGUUGUCGAAAUCAGGUGGAUCAACUCGGCAGAAGUCAUUAGCACCUUCGAUUGCCCGGAGCCGAUUGAGUCUACCCAAUUUUCCCUCGAUCAGACGACUCUGGCGACCAUCAGUGAGAGUGGAUCUAUCAGAACUUGGAGAGUUGAGACAGGAGAAUGUUUAACCCUUUUCGAAAGUGGCCAACCUUGGAGGAGCUUGUUUCUUUCUCCAGACUUCACGUUGCUAACUUGGGGCGGACCCACCAGAGCUAUAAGCGUCUGGGCGAACGGUGCCGGAGCAACAGACCAAAGUUCAAAAAAGGUUUCAGAUCCGAUAAUGUCAGUGGUGCUAUCGUUGGAUCGCACUCUUGCAGCCUCUUAUUCCGUCUAUGGAAUUGUAAGAGUGUGGAAUAUGGACACACACGGUUGCAUCCAUGAGUUUAACGAUAGGGAUCAGAUACAAAUCUCCCACGACAUAUCACUACAGCUAUUCCAAUUCACUAAAGAUGGAAAGUAUCUGCUGCCUGGCAAAGGUAUCUACUCCUUCGACGGCCGUUUCAGAGUUUGGGACUUGACAACAGGCGAAUGUGUCAUCAGUCUACAGACCAAGAUAUAUGGCCCUUUUGGUUACCAAGGAUCUGCAGUGUCUGUUUCCCCUAAGGAGCGCUGGAUCUUCUCAGUCCGUCAUAGGAAUGUCACGUUUAUUGCACUCGAUACGUUUUCUAUGACUCGUGAGCUCACCUUCACCGGGCCCGUUUAUGAUGUGGUUAUUUCUCCUAAUUCCCAGCUUCUGCUUGUUCUCUGUGAGGCAUCCGACAGAGAAGAUUCUGCUAAUCGGGAUCCGCAUCAACGUCAAGAAUUCCUUUUAUCCAAAUUCAGCAUUGAUAGUGGCGACCAGCUUGCGAGCAUUAAACUGCUAACCAAUAAUCCGGGAAUAUUGGCCGUUUCUUCAGACGCAAAGUUUGUGGUUUUAAGAACACUGGAAGAGUCAUCGGCGAUUUUGAGGGCAUUGGCGAUUUUGACCGACACAGGAGAGUCGCUUUACCACUUCGAAUUGCGCUCUGACGUAUACCAUACCUCGCUAGCCAAGAAAGAUUCAGUUCUUGUCACAUAUGACCGCGAGUAUUUCACUCUCAGGGACUCCUCAACCGGUCUGCUGUUGCGUCGCCUGGGGAUAGAUACCAACUUUUGGCCGAUGCGAUUCGAUUUUGACGCUACCACUAAGGAGAUCCACACUAAUCUUGGCACACUGGCACUUCGCAAAGCUUUCAAAAAUGAAACUUGCCGAAUUCGUUUCGAUGAGAAUUUGACGGGAUACGGGAUUAGCUACGAUGGGUCUUGGUUGCUGUGGAAGCACCACAAGAUUUUCUGGCUAUGGCCAGAAAUACGGCCCAUAGGCGGUUUUCGGGAUUAUCCGCGUUAUAUCGAGGUUUCUGGAUCGACGGUGAUUAUUGGAACAACUACAGGUCGUGUUCUAUUCUUCAAACAUGAAAAUAAUUGGGGAGAAUGCGACUUCACCGAAGAGAUCGUCAUCGACGGCCAGCUGAUGAUGGUGACUGAGAACUGCCACUAUGCCUUGAUGCAAGUCAGGGAUCGUUAUCUGUCGCUUCCUAGAAAGCCUGUCUUUAUCUGGCUUGAUUCCAUCUGCAUCAAUCAGGGUGACAACGACGAGAAGUCAUAUCAGAUUGCCAUGAUGGGCGAUAUAUUUCCCAAAGCAUCCAAGGCACUGGCUUGUGUCGGGCCUCAUCAAAAUAACAGCCAAAUAAUUCGCAAUUCCUUGAACAGUAUCAAGACCCUGAGUCCGAACCUGUACUACCGGGCGGAAAGAGGGUUUUCAGGCCCCGGAACCGAGGACGAUUAUUUUCUUCACCAGGAUUUUGAGAAGUUUGAAGAACUGUUCCUCCUACAGUCGCAACUUUCAGCCCGUGAGUUCUAUACUCAAUUCAGGCAGGCCUUCUCUACUUUUGCCAAUCGGAGAUACUGGAAAGUCUUUGGAUCAUCCAGGAAGUCGUGGCAUCAAACAGAAACAAUGGUCAGUUAG